UGAUAAGAAGUUGGUUAUCAGGUGGCUGCGAUUCCCCUCUGUACAGUUAAAGGAUGAAGCACUGAUGCAGCUACAUCAACGAACUGAAGCAUCAAAAGAGACUCUGAGGAAGCCAAAUAUCUAAAUACGCAGCCAUCGUUGGAUAUUUCAGCUGCUGUGUGUUCGCACGUUUUGCAGACAGUACAACAAUGUGGACGUCGCUGCCGUUGUUCUUGUUCCUAUCUGGUUUGUUCUUCUGUGGAUUCAAAUGCGCUUCGGUUUUCGCCUGCCCGAGGAUCUGUUGCUGUUUUCUCAAUACAAUCAAAUGCAACAAUGUGACAGAGGAGGCUGCUCUGAUGAAGGGUUACCGGCUUAAAAGACUGUUUCUCUAUGAUUUGUCUUUACACACCAUUUCAAGCCAUUCUUUUGAGGGUUUGAAGGAAGUCCAGCAGAUUGAGAUUUCUCAGAGUGUAAACCUGGAAACCAUUGAGACUUUAGCAUUUAACAACCUUCUCAACCUCUCAGAAAUCUCAAUAAAGAACACAAAGAGUCUGAUGCAUAUUGAACGAAGGACGUUUAACAACCUUCCCAAACUGCGCUACUUGAGCAUCUCAAAUACUGGGAUAACAAUUUUUCCUGACAUCACAUCUAUCAAUUCUCUUGAAUCAGAGUUUGUCUUGGAUAUCUGUGACAACCUCUAUCUAAAGCAAGUACCUCCAAACGCUUUCACUGGAAUGACAACGGAAUAUGUCAUAAUGAACCUGUACAACAACGGCUUCAGAGAAAUACAUGACCUCGCCUUCAAUGGGACAAAGAUAGAUAAACUGGUUUUAAAGAAUAAUCGAAACCUCAGAGUGAUCCACAGAGAUGCUUUCAAAGGAGCCACAGGCCCUGGAGUCUUGGACAUCUCUGCGACAGCUCUCACUAAGUUACCAUCACAGGGACUGGAGUCAGUUCUGGUGUUGAUGGCUCAGUCAACAUACGCCUUGAAGAGUCUGCCUCCUCUGCAGGGACUGUGGAACCUGCGAGAGGCCUAUCUCACCUACAACAGUCACUGCUGUGCGCUGCUGAGCUGGAACAUACACAGGGACCUUCCCAUUAAUCCUGAAUGGAAUAUUGGCUCCACAUAUUGUGAUGAGAGUGAUCCAUCAGCAAGGGUUCAGCAUGUGAUCGGAGGCUCAGCAGAUACACCUCUAGUUAUGGACAUGCCCUUUUUUUCAGAUGUUGACCAGAUGUUUGGAGAUGUGAAUUUCCACUAUCCAGAACUGGACUUCUGUCAGACCCAACCAACAUUGGUUUGCACACCUGAAGCAGAUGCUUUCAAUCCCUGUGAGGACAUUGCGGGUUUCAGUUUUCUCAGAGUGGCCAUUUGGUUUAUCAACAUACUGGCCAUCACAGGCAACCUGACGGUGCUCCUGGUCUUCUUCACCAGCCGGAGCAAGAUGACAGUGCCUCGCUUCCUCAUGUACCACCUGGCCUUUGCAGACCUCUGCAUUGGAAUCUACCUUCUGAUGAUAGCGACUGUAGACCUGCGCACACGUGGCCACUACAGUCAGCAUGCUAUUGAAUGGCAGACAGGGCCUGGCUGUAGUGCUGCAGGCUUCCUGUCCUUGUUUGGUGGGGAGCUGUCAGUGUACACGCUUUCCACCAUCACCAUAGAGCGCUGGCACACCAUCACCAACGCGAUGCAGAUAGAGCGCCGUCUGGGUCUGGCGCAGGCAGCAACUAUAAUGGCAGCUGGCUGGCUCAUCUGUCUGGGGAUGGGGAUGCUGCCCCUGGUUGGUAUAAGUAGUUACACCAAAGUCAGCAUGUGCCUCCCCAUGGACAUAGAGACUCCCCUGGCUCAGGCCUUCAUAAUAAUUCUCUUGCUUUUCAACGUGGGCGCUUUUGCUGUUGUGUGUGUUUGUUACGUGCUGAUCUAUCUGGCGGUAAAAAACCCUGAGUUCCCUAGACGAAGUGCUGAUACCAAGAUUGCAAAGCGCAUGGCUGUACUCAUCUUCACAGAUUUUCUCUGCAUGGCACCCAUCUCCUUUUUUGCCAUCUCUGCUGCCUUCAAGGUUCCCCUAAUCACAGUCACCAACUCCAAGAUUCUGCUGGUCCUCUUCUUCCCCAUAAACUCCUGUGCCAAUCCCUUCCUUUACGCUAUCUUCACCAAGGCUUUCAGAAAGGACGCAUAUCAGCUCAUGAGUGCCAUGGGCUGCUGUAAAAGCAAGGCCAGUAUUUAUCAUAUGAAGUCCUACUGCUCAGAAAAUGCAAUCAAGAGCAAUUUGGGAAACAAAAAUAAAGGAUACCGCACGGGAGUGAGGCUGGCUGCCAUGCCACAGCAAAGUCUUCACCUGAAGGAGGAAGGAGAGGUCACCUGAAGGCAACUAGGAGAACUGUUAAAGACAGUUAAAAGGACAAAGGGACAAGAGAAACUGCAGAAAGAUGCAUGCUGGAUUUGGAGGAAAUUAUUUGGCGAUCUAUCAUGUUGACGUUAAUGACACAUUUUAACAAUUUCAUGCUGCAUUGUUUGGGAUGGUGAUAUUUUUGUUAUAAACUCUGUAAACUAUUGAAUUGAAAGGAGUGCUGGUGACUCUGGUGACUCAUCUGAUAUCAGUUCAACCCACUGAAUGAGUCUUUUUCUUUCUUUUUCUAUUUAUAACAGAGAAAGCAAAGGUGUAAUAAUAACAUCAACGAUUGCUCUGUUCCAUUGAGUUUCCUAGAUGUUAUUAAUGUUCCACCUGUGGUUUUCCUGCUUUGACAUGUCAAAAUGUCAGCUGUGAAAAAAGGCCCAUGGAAAAAUGACACACACCUACAGAAGAAAAGCUCCAAAACAACAACUAAAAUGACCUUGGCUCAUUGUUUAGUUACACUGUUUUCAAUGUCUAGAAUGAACUCUUAAUCUCAACAUUUAAUGAGCUUAAUAGAAGUCCUUAAAGUUCUCCAAAAAGUGGAAAUUUGAACUAUAUAUGUGUUAUUUGACAUAACAUCUGGGCACAGUCCAUCUGCUGAGGGUAAUCAUGCUGAUACCACCAAGCCUCCAGAACUGCUACUAAAUGGACCUUGUCAUGAGAUUGUUCAGUCCUCUCUGAGUGGUCAACUAUGAUCAUCCCAAAGUGUUAUUACAAUGGAAACCAAAGGCUACCAUGGCUUUAUGGAAAAUAUGUUGUUCUUCUUCCUACUGAUGAUUAACAUAUUCUGAGGUUGGCUAUAUAUGAAGCUGAUUAUAUAUAUUUAGAUGAAGAAUUCAACCACUAUGUUAUAUACUGAGGGUUUCUAUGGAAAAGCUCAGUAGCCAAAGUUGACCACGUGGUGGAGGAGUUGGACAGACAACAUAACUUGGGUUUUUGUUUUUCUUCUAAGGAUUUUUUUAUCUUGUAGUUGAGAAUACAGGAGAUCAACCACCUUGCUAUUUUGUUAGUAGGAUACAUACAUCUGCAUAAUGUUUAUUAUAAGAUAAGAUUAAGUAAGUUGUAAGGUCAUAUUUUGCUGUCUCGAAAAUGUAUAAGAAAAAAAUAAGCCUAAUAGGAAAAAUGCAAUAAAGAACUAGUAAUAAAAUAAAGAAGUAAAAAUGUAUUUUAAAAAAAUGUAUAAACUAAUGUAAAAGUUUUCUCUGAUUGUAUUUUGGUUGUUU